CCCGUGGCGCGCCCGCGCCUGCGCAAUUGUUCAAAGCGUUCCAACCGGGAUGGCGGCCGUUUUGGAGUCGCUGCUGCGAGCGGAGGUGUCGGUCGCAGCUGCCGUGCGGUGGAUCGCGCGCAACACCCAGAGUUCGGAGGAAGACCCGGAGCAGGCGGCCGCUCUGACCUCACUCCAGCCACUGCGGAAGGAAUUCGUGCCGUUCCUGCUGAAUUUCCUAAGGGAGCAGAGCAGCCGCGUCCUCCCACAGGGUCCCCCAACCCCCGCCAAGGCACCCGGCGCCUCGGCAGCCCUGCCAGGGAGGCCGGGGGCCCCGCCGCGGGGCGGCCGCGGGGCACGCAGCCAGCUCUUUCCUCCGACCGAGCCCUCGAGCUCCGCCGCCGCGGAAGGCUCCCUGGCUCGCCGCGGGGGCAGGCGGCGGGGCCCGGGGCCGGCCCGCGAGCGAGGAGGCCGCGGCCCCGGGGGGCCGGAGGAGGGGGUUGGAGGGGAGUGCCCGCCCUGGGCCGGGAGCCGGAAGCCUAGGGGCUCUGGCAGUCCCAGCAGCCCCAGCCUCGCGCUCUCUGAUCCACCAAACCUCAGCAACCUGGAGGAGUUCCCUCCCGUAGGCUCGGUUCUUCCCGGCCCAGCAGUCAGGACUAAGCCUUCACGAAGGAUCAACCCAACUCCGGUGAGCGAAGAGCGGUCACUUUCCAAGCCCAAGACCUGCUUUACCUCACCCCCAAUCAGCUGUAUCUCCAGUUCCCAGCCCUCAGCCCUGGACACUAGACCUUGGGGCCUUGGCCUUCCCCCAGGGUGCAGAAGUCUGCAGGAAGAGCGGGAGAUGCUCAGGAAGGAGCGCUCUAAGCAGCUGCAGCAGUCACCUACCCUGGCCUUCCCUACCCCAGAAUCAGGAUCUACUCUGCCCAGCUGGACAGGAAGCCUCACAGCUGAACCCGCUGACCCUGCCAAAGUGUCUUCCCGCCAGCGCCUGGAGCUGGUAGCCCUUGUCUAUUCCUCGUGCAUUGCUGAGAACCUGGUACCAAACCUCUUCGUGGAGCUCUUCUUCAUCCUUCAGCUCCUUACUGCCCGGAGGAUGGUGGCUGCCAAGGAUAAGGACCUUGAACCAAGCCCAGAUUCCCUAGAAAGCCCACUGUUCCAGAGUGUCCAUGAUUGUGUUUUCUUUGCAGUACAGGUUUUGGAGCAUCAGUUUCGGAUUCUUUCCUACCUGGACAAAGGGACCUUGAAACUGCUGGCUGAGAAUGAGCGGCUGCUGUGCUUCUCACCAGUUCUGCAGAGCCGCCUCCGAGCUGCCUACGAGAGCAGUGCUGCCAAGGUCCCUCUGUCGAUGCCACCCCCUGCUCAAGCUGUCUCCUUUCAGCCAGAAACUGACAAUCGUGCCAACUUCUCCAGUGAUCGAGCCUUUCACACUUUUAAAAAACAGAGGGAUGUGUUUUAUGAGGUGCUUCGAGAGUGGGAAGAUCACCAUGAGGAGCCCGGCUGGGAUUUUGAAAAGGGCUUGGGGAGCAGAAUCAGAGCCAUGAUGGGGCAGCUCUCAGCAGCCUGCAGCCAUAGCCACUUUGUUCGGCUUUUCCAAAAGCAACUUCUCCAGAUGUGUCAGAGCCCUUGUGGUGCUGGGGCCACUGUCUUGGGUGAGGCCCCAGAUGUUUUAAGUGUGCUUGGAGCUGACAAGCUGGGGCGGUUGCGGCGCCUACAGGAGCGACUUGUGGCCCCCCAGAGCAGUGGGGGGCCCUGUCCACCCCCCACCUUUCCAGGCUGUCAAGGCUUCUUCAAGGACUUCAUCUUGAGUGCCAGCAGCUUCCAGUUUAAUCAGCAUCUUAUAGAUAGUCUGAGCUUGAAGAUACGGGAGCUCAACAGCUUUGCCCUGCCUCAGCAUGAGCCCGGGGAUGAAGAUGGGGAGUCAGAUGUGGACUGGCAGGGUGAAAGGAGGCAAUUUGCUGUAGUGCUUCUCAGCCUGAGGCUUCUGGCUAAAUUCCUGGGCUUUGUGGCUUUCCUGCCAUACCGGGGGCCUGAACCACCUCCAACCCGUGAGCUCCAGGACUCCAUUUUGGCCCUCAGGAGCCAGGUCCCUCCAGUGUUGGAUGUGCGGGCCCUGCUGUGGCAGGGGCUGCGGGCUCGCCGGGCAGUGCUUACUGUGCCCUGGCUGGCGGAGUUCCUUUCCUUUGCUGACCACAUCGUUCCCCUGCUAGACUAUUACCGGAGCAUCUUCACUCUCCUGCUACAUCUGCAUCGGAGCUUGGUCUUAUCAAAGGAGAGUGAAGGAGAGAUGUGUUUUCUGAACAAGCUGUUGCUGCUUGCUGUCCUGGGCUGGCUUUUCCAGAUUCCCACAGUCCCUGGGGACUUGUUCUUUCUGGAAGAAGGUCAGCUGAGUGUCUUUAACAUGGACACAGUAGCCUCUGAGCAUGGAUUGGACAGCAUGCCUGUGGUGGAUCAGCAGCUGCUCUAUACCUGCUGCCCCUAUAUUGGAGAGCUCCGGAAACUGCUUGCUUCGUGGGUAUCAGGCAGCAGUGGGCGGAGUGGGGGUUUCGUGCGGAAAAUCACCCCCACCACAACCACUGGCCUAGGAGCCCAGCCUUCUCAGACAGCCCAGGGGAUACAGGCUCAGCUUGCCCAAGCCUUUUUCCACAACCAGCCGCCCUCCCUGCGCAGGACUGUGGAAUUUGUGGCGGAGAGAAUCGGAUCUAACUGUGUCAAACACAUCAAGGCCACACUGGUGGCAGAGCUGGUGCGGCAGGCAGAGACACUUCUCCAGGAGCAGCUGGUGAUGCAGGGACAGGAAGGGGGAGAGCCAGCCCAGCUGUUGGAGAGCUUGUGUUCCCAGCUGUACCCCCAAGGGGACCAGGCAUUGGCCCUGGGGCAGGAGUUCUGCCAGAAGAAGAGCCCUGAUGCUGUGCGGGCGCUGCUUCCAGAGGAGACUCCUGCAGCUGUUCUAAGCAGUGCGGAAAACAUUGCUGUGGGGCUUGCAACAGAGAAAGCCUGUACCUGGUUGUCAGCCAACAUCACAGCACUGAUCAGAAGAGAGGUGAAAGCAGCCGUGAGCCGCACACUUCGCACCCAGGGUCCGGAACUGGCUGCCCGGGGGGAGCGGAGGGGCUGCUCCCGAGCCUGUGAGCACCAUGCUCCCCUCCCCUCCCACCUCAUCUCCGAGAUAAAAGAUGUGCUCUCUCUGGCUGUGGGGCCCCGGGAUCCUGAGGAAGGAGUUCCCCCAGAGCACCUGGAGCGACUCCUACGCCAGUUGGGUCAGACACUGCAGUGCCGCCAGUUCCUGUGCCCACCUGCUGAGCAGCAUCUGGCAAAGUGCACUGUGGAGUUAGCUUCCCUCCUUGUUGCAGACCAAAUCCCUGUCCUCGGGCCCCCUGCACAGCACAGGCUGGAAAAAGGGCAGACUCGAAGGCUUCUCUACAUGCUGCUCUCCCUCUGGAAGGAAGACUUUCAGGUGCCAGUUCCGCUACAGCUGCUGCUGAGCCCGAGAAAUGUGGGGCUUCUGGCAGAUACUCGGCCAAGGGAGUGGGACCUGCUCCUGUUCUUGCUCCGGGAGCUGGUAGAGAGAAGUCUGAUGGGACAGAUGGAGAUAGAGGCUUGCCUGGGCAGCCUCCAUAAGGCCCAGUGGCCAGAGGAUUUCUCUGAAGAAUUAGCAACACUGUUCAACCUGUUCCUAGCCGAGUCCCACAUGCCCCAACCCCAGCUAAGAGCGUGCGAGCUGGUGCAGCCAAACCGGGGGACUCUGCUGGCCCAGAGCUAGGGCUGAGACGAGGCCCUGCCAUGGGUGUUUCACCAGAACCCUGGGUCCAUGCCAAGAGCCCAGUGCAACCGAAGUGCCCACUUCUGAUCCUUGCUGGUUGCCCUCUCCCUAAGGGUACAUUAGGAAGUAGCUGCAUCUGUCAUCAGACUUCCUGCUCAGAGGUGAAGGGGGUGUGUGGCUGCUUGGCAUCCUACCAACAACUGUAGGCCCCACCAGUGUCCCGCCAAAAAGGCCCAGAACUUCAGUCCUGGAGCAGAAGAGUUGGUGUUCGUGGCUUGGAUAUGAAAUGAAAUGAUGCUGCUAUCCCAGCAUGUCUUAAAGCUUUGUGGUUUGGGGAAAUCAUGGCAAGAGGCAAACAACCUCCUUAACUUACAAGGGAAAUUAAAACAUAAAUUUGGGAGUCUACAUUUUACCACCAGCUGGACUGCCGUCUCCUCAAAAGGCACAACAGAUAAGAUAGGACUCACUGGACUGCAGUCUGACUUUUUACCCCUGUAUCUCCUUCAAUCCAAGGACCAAGCACAGGGUGGAACAUUAGAGCUUUUUAAAAUAAACUUAUUUACCAAUGU